AUGCCUGCUCUGGAAGCCGGCGUCGCCUUCGACUUCACCUUUCCUUCCCCCUGUACUCCUCCUCCUCCUCCUCCAAGCCAGCCCGCCCUGGCCAUGGACAGCGACGAUGCCGCCUUCUUCGCCUCCUUUGACUCGUCUUUCCUCGACAUCCCAUGCUUCACCCGCCGCCAUGUCCGCUCCUCCUCCAACGCCUCCUCGGCCUGCUCGGCCGUCUCCACCGUCGAGUCCACCCCCGACUCUGCCUGCACCCGUCUCUCCACACCCCCUCGCCCCAGCCCUCCGGUGCGCCAUCACGGGCCCCUCCUGCUUCCCAAGAUUCGCCCCCAGGACCAGGACUUUGACCAGAAUCAUCGCCCUUUGUCCACCAACCUGCGCCGCGUCCGCAACAAAUCUCGCUACACGAGCCCUGACUGCUUUGCUGCGUCCGAGACUGCGCCGCUCUUAUGCUCCCCUGCUCCCUUUGCCCUCAUCUCGGACUCGCAACACAUGAUGCCCUCCGAUGUCUGGUCCUCCCGUCGCUCCUCGACUGGCUGCGCCAUCGACACCUCGGCCCUCGACGACUACGACUUUGCCGCUUAUCGUCCCCCGUCCUGUCUGAUGCAGAGCAUGCCGCUUCCCAGUGCCGCCAGCGCCGUCACCUCUUCCACUCGAACAGACUUGACCUUUUCCUCCUACAACCCGCGGGCCCCAUCGCCGCUUGGCUUGCUUGCCUCAUACCCCGAUGACGACGCACCAACGACGAUGAUGACAACUACGCUUGUCGACUUCCUCACCUGUCCCAACCCGGCCGCCUCGCUCGUCCGCAACAUCUCUUUGCCCCUGCGAGAUCCCAGCAUUAAGCACUUCUGGUGGGACGUUCGCAGCAUCCGCUCUUGGAGCUCCUUCAACGCCUCAGCCGUCCUCGCUCUGCCCGGUGCCUCGGCUAUGCUGACCACGCCCGUCCCGUCGCCCGUGCUCCCCCAGCCAAGUAUGUCGUCGCGCCACCCGGAGACGGAGGCCUCUCUCCACGCCAUAUACAUCUCCUUUUACCUGCCCAAGCUCAACGCGGCCUUGGCCAUCUCGUCGGGCCGCCCGCUGCAGCUCUCGGUCCCGGCCAAGACGACCCACGGAGUCAACGAUCUGCUCUUCGUGGCCAACGCCGACGGCGAGUCGGCCACGGCGGCUGCCUUAUUUGGCGGCAAGCCCUCGGCGCGCCUUGUCGGCCUCGUCCGCAGCUUUGACCGCUUCAACACGGGUAUGCGCGUCGAGGGCAACAUCAAGCGCGUCGAGUACCUCCGCGGGCUCGCCGCCCUGCACUACGCCAUGCGCGAACACGGCUGCCGCUACGGCUUCAUCCUUACCGAGAUUGAGCUCGUCCUCGUCCGCUACGGCACCGACUCGACGCCCUUCUUUGGCGACCUGGAAGUCACCUCGGUCCAGUUGGCCGCUUGCAACCAGCAUGAUGGCUAUAGCACGGCCGCUCCCGAGACCCCCCUGACGGCCUGCCUCGCUCUCUGGGGCCUCUGCCAGCUCGCCAGCGACGACACCUCCGUGGGCCAUGCCCACUGGAGGGCCGAGAUUGGCGCCCCCGCCGCGGGCACCCGCCGCAAGGCGCGGCCGCGCGACGGCUGGAUGCCGCAGCCGCAGCUGGCCGAGAAGCGCGAGGCCAAGAGGAGCCGCGGCUGGGUCUGGCCCGAGGACCCCAUUGGCAGGAAGGAGCUCGGCAAGCGGGGUGUCCGCUAUGGCGCCCCCUAA